UUCACAAAUCAAAACAUUCCCAGACGUAGUACAAACGCCCAUUGACGGGCGCGACGAAGGGAUGGAUGACACUUCCAUUCAGAUUUUUGGCUUGUGCCUGCCACUGCCUGGCACGUAAGUACGAGUAUUGUACGUCUUGACUCUUGUGCAUCAGCUGUCUUCAUUCUGAUUUUCCGUCUGACUUGGACACAAAGUUGCUGAUUUACGACGGUACUGGUCUGAAUUAAUAGUAUCGUUUUGUUUAUUUGUUUGCUGUACAUGUUAGGUAAGAGUCUAAGACAUUGUUUUAUCCAAAUAUCCUUUCAUCAUUUUUUUGUUCCACGUUUAUUUUCGAGUGAUUAAUUAUUCCUCUCAGGGAAUUUCCCGAAAGGGUUGUUAUCUGUGCAAUAUUUGAUUUCGAUCGUGGGCGCAUAUUACAGGACAACUGAGGACAUAGAUUUGCUUGCGCUCCCAUUAUGAUUAUUUACUUACUCUGGUCUCUGGAAACGGUUCUUCAUAUGUUAUGCGCGAACUAUAGACGCAGUCGUUAUCUCUGAUAAGUAAAAACCACUUCUGAAAAUUUGAUCGAUUGGAUAAGUGCUAAAUCAGUACGCCCUCGAAUCUCUGUGCGAUCCAAGAAAACAGCGGGGUCUGUAACGUAUCCUUGAUUUGGGAAGUUACGAGUCUGGCUUUUGGCUUUAUGGAACCCUUCCUUACUGUUUGGCAGUUCGUUUCUAUCACAUAGCUGUGGGUUCUAGUCCUACGGUACAGCGAUAUGUGCUGUUUGCCCAGUCGUUGCCUGUCUUAUUAUGCUGGAUUUUGUUGAGAUAUCAUGGAACGGGAGAGUGAACAGAAAGAACACCAGCUGCGCAAAUCGGAUGAUGCAGAUGGCCUUCAUUUGCAACCUCCAAGUAAUUCCCUCUGGUGCAGUCCAGCUGGACACAAUCUGGAAUUCGCCCACAAAAUGCGCGUACUCGACCAGGCAGAGCAGGGUUGGGUGGACGAUGAAAUCGCCACAGCUGCCAUGAAAAUGCUGAAGUCACAGUACGACCUGGGUGGACUACGUCCCACAGCGUUGUUUUAUGGACAAACACGGGCGCCAUCGGAAGAACGCCGUCAGCAGCUGUUUUGGCUGAGAAAUCUCUGGCAAGCUGCGGACUUCAAGCCCGAAAGGCGGCAAGCGCAGAUUCUGUACACAGGAUCAUUGCACUGGGUUCUCGUGAGCAAUUAUCAUCAGUUUGAAGAGGAACUGGUUUAUGUAUAUGACAGCCGAGAUGAACCUGCACCGGAUUUCCUUAUUAAUAAGGUGGCCGCUGUCUACAGAUUUAAAAGUCCGAAAUUUCGAAUGUCAUGGCCCUUGGUCGAUCAGCAGAGGAAUAAUAAGGACUGUGGAAUAUAUGCGAGUGCUUUCCUAGUUGCCUUGUGCAAUAAAACAGACCCUGCCACAGUUUUACUGGACGACUCGAAGAAACUAAGAGAACAUUUAGUUCGAUGUUGCGAAGAAGGAGCAUUUGCUGUGGAUGAUCUCUUUCCUACUCGUUCGGCAUCUACAAACAAGGACUGGUCAGCCUUCUCCAUGUCUGCACAUCUUUUAUGGCAGCGUUUCAAAAAAGUGAGGCACAGAGUGGCACUGCCGGAUCGGGAAAUUCGUAUUAUUUGCGAGUGCCGAAUGCCGCCUGGCAAAGGACGCAAAGAUCGGAACGUCAUGUGCCAGGAAUCUAAGUGUGAUAUAAAACGAUUUCAUGAGAGUUGUAUUUAUAACUUUGAUAGGGAGUUUUAUGAAAGAAUUGAGCGAAAGCACUGGGUAUGUCCUACUUGUCGCUCUAUGUUUAAGAGGGAAUAAUUGCUUGAGUUCCUGUGUUAUAGCUAGAUUAUUUAUUUUUUCGCUGCCCCGAGUGAUUUCUACUGUUUUAUGAUUCAGUAUUCAAUCUAAGCGCAAUGCAGAUCUAUUUUUACUUGUGAUUUAUAGUGUGAAAAUUGCCAUUCUCCGUCUUGGAUAUCAUUAACGUUAAUUUUGUGGGGUACGCUCUCUUGACUUACGGAUUUUAAGUGUAACACCCACACGACGCGGUUCCUGUCCAGAAGGUAUGAAU